AUGUCAACAACAUCAUCACGAAAGGUUUACAAUAUGUAUGAACGUCGACAAGCGAUUCCGAUAAUUUACGUUCGCGGUACUCAUUACGAAGUUGGUUUUGAUGUGGGCCGUACUUUCGCUGCUCUGAUUCGAGAAUUCGUCAAUGUUUUUAAGCCAUUAAAUGAAGCCUUCAUUCCACUUUACAACUCACCACAAGGACAGACUGUGUAUAAUGAAACAUUAGCAACAGUGAAACAAUCUUUUCCUCAGUAUAUUGAUGAACUGCAAGGAAUAUCCGAUGGAGCACAGGUGGAAUUUUACAAGCUCUUUUUGCUACAUAUGGAUGAAAUACUUCCGAAUGUUGUUGACAAUAACAAUUCAAUCGAUGCUCCAAUCGGUUGUUCAUCAAUUUGCGUCAAUGAACCUGACAGUGAAGUCAUUGGACAUACGGAAGAUGCAUUAUCGGAAAAUUUAAACAAUUAUUAUUUUGUAUCUGCCCACAUUAUUAGUACAGACCCACAAGGCAAGUAUAAAGUGAAGGAAGAAAGAUUCACGUCGCUAUGCUACGCAGGACAUUUGCCAGGAUACACAAUGAAUUAUAAUCAUCACGGUCUUGUUUUUUCAAUCAACACCUUAAGUGCACGAAAACUUAAUAGCGGCAAAACACCUCGUCAUUUCAUAACAAGAGCUUUAUUAUCGGCUGAGAACUUCUACCAAGCUCAGCAAAUUUUACGAGAUACUGGUGUUGGAGCUGCUGAUGGAUGUUCUAUUAAUAUGACUUUCUUGAAACAAGAAGGUGACCGUGUAUUCCAUAAUGCUGAAAUGGGACCUGCAAUUGACAACAACAAAGAAUCUCAGUUAAACAUUCUCACAGUCAGUCCUGGCGAAUGCAUAAUGCAUUGUAAUAAAUAUCUGAGAUUAAAAGUUCCAGAAGUUACAGGUCUCAUCAUUGAUUCAUCAAUUGAAAGAAUGGAUACAUUCCAAAAAUUUAACAAACCAAAGUCAAAAGAGGAUGUGAUUAAAAUGCUUGGUGAUACAGGAGCAAAAGACAAUCAAGUGUUUAGAGAUAAUGCUGGAGUUGAAGAAUUUUUAAAGACAAUUUGUGUUGGAAUUUUUGACUUGAAAGCAAAAACAUGGAGCAUAUAUAAGGAUAAUCCCAAAACAAAUGAACCACUAGUUGUGUUACCAAUGGUAUUAAAAGAAUAG